AUGAUAGAUUGCCUGCGCCCGCGGCGGCCCGAGAUUGUUCGCGUUCCGAUUAGAUCGCCGCGCCAACUCUCAGCGGCCCGGUGGGGGCCUGGCUCGUUUUUGUCUCCUCUGAGUGGAUUCCGAACCUCCGGAAGUUGGGGGGCUACAAACUCGCUGCGCAGAAGCCCCGAAGAGAACUUGGGCCAGUGCGUCGCCGUGAAGCGCAUGGCCACCGAGGCCCGCGACGAGGCCGCCGCCGCCUCCACAGAGGAGCUCCCAGUCUGUCGGAGAGGCAUCCCGAGCGCCUUGGGACGAAAGCGACCCCGUGCGUGCCUGCCCCAGUUGCAGGCCGCCCAGGCGCUUGCCAGCCGCCGCCCUUGCGUUGUCUACCUAUGCAUGGGCGCCGGCCGGGCCUUUUUUUACUUUGGCGGGAGGCGUUGA